AUGUCCAACACUGAAAGAACUUUCAUUGCCAUCAAGCCCGACGGUGUCCAAAGAGGUCUCAUUGGCCCCAUCCUCUCGAGAUUCGAAAACAGAGGUUACAAGUUGGUUGCCAUCAAGUUGUGCACUCCCCCUGAAUCGCAAUUGAGAGAACACUACGCCGACUUGCAAGAAAAGCCUUUCUUCCCCUCGUUGUUGUCGUACAUGAUGUCCGGUCCCGUCCUCGCCACCGUCUGGGAAGGUAAGGACGUUGUCAAGCAAGGUAGAGCCAUCUUGGGCGCCACCAACCCCUUGCAAUCGGCCCCCGGUACCAUCAGAGGUGACUACGCCGUCGACAUGGGUAGAAACGUCUGCCACGGUUCCGACUCGGUUGAAUCCGCCAACAAGGAAAUCAACUUGUGGUUCAAGAAGGAAGAACUCGUCGAAUACAAGUCGGCCUUGUUCUCGUGGAUCUACGAAUAA